AUGACAAUCCCUGGCAUCCCAAAUCCCGCUGUCCCUUACGGUAGCUUGAUCGUCAUCUCUGGCGCCAGUGGCUUUAUCGGUUCCCAUGUCGCAGAUCAGGCGCUUGCAGCUGGCUACAAGGUCCGCGGUACAACACGAGAUGUGCAGAAAAACCAGUGGAUAGAAACUCUAUUCAACCAGAAGUACGGCAAGGACAGCUUCGAGUUGGUUGCGGUACCCGACAUGGAAGUCAAGGGCGCCUUUGACAAGGCUGUUGAGGGCGCCGCUGGCUUCGUCCACGUGGCAAAUGACAUGCAAGGCUCCCGGGAUCCUAAGAUUGCGAUCCCUAGAGCAGUUGAAGGUGUACUCAACGCCCUGAAAUCAUCAGCCCAAGCCGGCCUGAAGCGUUUCGUUUUCACUUCAUCUUCUUUCGCGGUGACGCAGCCGAAGCCGGGAAAGGUCUUCACGCUCACUAAAGACAGCUACAAUGAUGAGGCUGUCGAACGCGUCAGACAAUCCACCUACGACGGAGAAACAGUGUAUUCCGCUAGCAAAGUGGAGUCGGAGCGCGCUAUCUCAAAGUGGGUCAAAGAGAACAAUUGUUCCUUGGUCGUCAACACGGGUGAGUAUUUUUCAUGUUCAACAUAUAGUAAACAUCCGCAUUGCGCUUUUUCCAACUGA